GAUGCGGCCCGGGGGCGGGCUCCGCGGCGCGGCGGGGCGGCGCAGCCGAGGUGGGCUUGGCGCCCCCCCACCUGCCUAUAAAGGCGGCAGCGGCGGCUGCCCCGGCACCAGCGCGGUCCCGCCGGCACCAUGCGUGCUGCCCGCUGGCUGGAGCUGGCGCUGGCCCUGGCCCUGCUGUGCCGCCCCGCGGCGGCCUGGUACCGGCAGGCGGCCGGACCCAGCUACUACUCGGUGGGCAGAGCCUCGGGGCUGCUCUCCGGCCUCCGCCGCUCGCCCGGCAUCCACCGCGACGAUGCUGACGGCGCUGCCCAGCACGGCCCCCGCCUGCGGCCACGCGCUGCGGUGAGUACCCGGCCGCCCCCGGGAUCAGGCACGGCCGGCGCCGCGGCAGGGCGGCUCCCCAGGCCCUCCCCAGGGCUCUGCGCCACGGUGCCGUGCGUGACAGAUGUGUCCCCGGAGCUGCAGAGCUGCCAGGCGCUGCCUGGAGUGCCGGGCGCCCUCCAGUGCAAGGCGGACGUGACCAUGUCCCUGGACCCCACGGAGUGCCCGGACACGUGAGCCGGCACCAACGCAACCCCGCCAGGACGGCAGCUCCGACAAUAAACGCACCUGGACUGGA